AUUCUAACUUCAGUCCGGCGGACGGUUCCAACCUGUCCAGGUCAGCGCAAGGCAGGUGUCACAGCAGACGUGCCCUAUCCACCGGUCGUUGUUGCCAGCCGCGCUCGGUCGCGUCGGGUCCACCCGUUCAUCGUGGAUUCCCCGAGGUCAUCUCGAGGUCGCGGUGCCGUGAAGAGACGAGGGUGACGGGAGAGCCCGGGAGUAUCGCGCGAGCGAGAGUGUCGUCGAGAGGGUUACGUUAGUCGGAUCGAAUCGGGAAUUUAUGGAACCACCCCAUGGAUAAUAACAUGUCAACUGCCGCCUUCAUGCACCGGUCGGGCGGCUCCUCCAGCGCGUCAAGUGCUGGCACGGGAUCAUCGACCGGUGGAGGUCCUGGGAACCCGGCAGGAGGCGGCAGGAUGGCCGUCAUCGGCGUGACCAGAAACGUACGUCUCAGGCGUCGCGGCAACGCCGGCUUCGGAUUCUCGUUACGGGGCGGACGUGAAUACGCCGCCGGCUUCUACGUCAGCGAUGUCCAGCCAGGUGGCGAAGCUCACAGAAAUGGAUUAAGGGUGGGCGACCAGAUCUUAAGGGUGAACGGUUAUCCGGUGGAGGACGCCGUGCAUCAGGAAGUCGCGCUCCUGGCGAAGAACCAGCAAGUCCUGGUUCUCAAAAUUCGAAGUGUGGGGAUGAUACCAGUAAAGGACAAUCCAAACGAUCCGGUUACCUGGCACAUGGUGCAGCAACAGCAACAGCAGCUGCAGUACAACGAAACUGGUUUAGGCGGUGUGCCGAGUGCAGAAGUUAGAAUUCGGAUUCUCGUCGGCGAGAAAGGCCGUCUCGGAUGCGGCGUUUGCAGAGGCAUCGUGCCUGGUCUUACCGUCCAGGGCACGAGGGAAGGCGGGCCGGCGCGUGCGGCGGGUCUGAAGGCCGGCGACGUAAUAAUCUGGUGUAACGGUCAACGACUCAUCGAUCUGCCGUUCGAGAGGGCCAUCGAGGUGAUGCGCAGUUCGGCAGUCCUCGACCUCGUGGUGCAACGACCCACGCCUCCCAAUCACCUUUACGACUGUCCCGAGCCACUGUGGACGCGCGGCUCCAGCGGUUACGACUCCGAGACGUCCAGCGUGGUGGCCGCGAGCUCGCCCUCCCAGCAUCCGAACAAUCCACCGACGUCACCGCAGCACCAUCACGACGGCAGGAUGCAUCAGCGGUAUCCGCGCGAUGACGCCUGCAACAGAAACGGCAGAAUAUGCUGUCCUCUCGCCUUAUCUACCAGCAGUUGCAGUUCCUCCUCAGAGUGGGCGCACGUAGAUCAGGCACAGGAAUGGUCGCGAAAACCGAAUAACACGACCGUGAUUCGUGUUAAUCAGAGCUCGAACCAGAACCAGAACCAGAAUCACCGGCCGAUCCCGGGCGAACAGUAUCACUUCAACUCGCGGGGCAAUUACGAGGAUGACAUCGACAACGAGCCGCUCUACGAUCCCGUGGCGCCCAGGAUCGAUUAUGAGGUCCACGAUUUCGACGCCAAUCCGCGAGACGAGGCCAAUCGGCGGCUGGCUUAUCGGCGAGAUAACGCGCGGCAGCAGGAUGUGAUUUAUGACGGCCCGGCGGACGAUCUGCCCGCGUACCACGGCUCCAAAGAGAACGGCCAAGCGGUCGGUAAUCGAUUGGCGGACCUGCAACUCAUGCAGAGGCAGAGCGAGGCCGAGAGGAAGACGAUAACGACCGUAGAGGUGCAUCAGUCAGUUUGUCCACCUGCACCCCCGCCGCCGCUUCCUUACAAAUGGCCAGCAGAAACAAAACCGAUGAACGCCAUGGGCAUGCAAAUGGGCAGCACAAUGUCGAUGGGCAGCACCGGCUCGACGGAGACCGAAUCGAGCCUCGAGUCGUCCUGCAGCAAGGACUCCGCAUCAACAUCGUCGUCGCUGUCAACGUCGUCCUGCGAACCGGCGUCCACCAUGUCUUACGGAUCGGCGACCGGCGGCGGGUCCAGCAGCAUAGCGAGCAAAACCACGGAGACUUCAACGGCCGCAUAUGCGACAUCGCGCAAGGAUACCGUCAGGACAUCGCCGAUCGCCAACACCGAUCUGGGCACCGCUAUCACGCAGGAAUUGCAGAGGCGGGCGCAACAGAGGAUGAAUAAUGCCGCUAAAGCGGAAGCACCAAAGGACAAAGCUCCAGACAAUCGUAAACCUCAGAAUCCUGAAGCUCUAAGGUCGCAGGAGCAAAGAGUCACACACGAUAAGCUGAUGGAGGAAUUUAAACGUGCACACCAAAAGAUGUUCAAUUCUGCUCAGCAAAAGGCGCAGUCCUCGGAUCAAAUUUCUGAAAAGGAACAAGAAAAAAGAGUGCUCAAUGAAACGCCGACAGCGACGGCGACAGCGACGACAACGACGGGUCUUUUGGCAUCGCCGCCGGCUCCUCCGCCGCUUCCACUGCCGUCUAAAAACCGAAGCAACGACGAUGCGGUAGAGAUGCAGAGCAUCGAAUCGUUCAAAUUGAAGGAGACGCCGAGCACGGUGCCGAAGCCACCGCCGACGUACUUUCCGGUGACGAGCCCAUCGUCGACCGGUAGCCCGCGUCACAUCGGCGCCAGUAAGAUCGCAAGUGGCAAAGACGUCGCGACGAGUCCAGUCGCGGAGCUCGCGAAAACACCGUCGUCAGUCUCGCCGACCAACAGCGUUCAGCCUUCGAGGCAAUCCGGUGGCAAGGUGGCCAUCAGAAUAGGGGCGUAUGAGGGUGAGACCAAGCAGCCGUCCAGGCUGGAAUUCUUGGCACAGCAAUCAGGUCGCGAAAAGAGCAGCGUCGCCGACGCAGAGACGGCCAACGGUCCGGUCGUCUCUAGGCUGCAGAACGAGCUCGUGGCGACUCUACAGAGGUCAAAUCUUAGAAGAAAGACUGAAGGGGAAAACCAGUUGCCCGUGAAGACUAUUCCCGAGAACGCUGCGACAUCCAGCAACGAUACAACGAAUUCAGAGCCGCACAAACUUCUGCAGGGCAAUGUGGAGAAGCUCGCGUCUGUCCUCAGCAACAAAGUCACCAUCAAAGUGAAUCCGGAGAAUAGUAGUCGAUAAGGAUUCAAUCGAGUUGAAAGAAUAUGAGCGCAGAGGUAUACUAUGUUGAGUCACAUUUUUUCGAAAAUUGAGUUAUUGUUAUCUACUCUAUACUUCAAUGUUUCACCUAAAUGUUUUCAAUGAAAAUAACGAUGUUGAUUGUAUAAAGUUAAGUCACAAUGUGAUAACACAUUCACCAGAUAAAUAGUAUCAUUACAAAAAAAAAGAAAUAAUAUCUAUCAAAAAAUUACCUUUUUUAAAAAAAGGUAAAAAAAAGACGUCAAGUGCACGCUUUUGUCACAACUAAAACAAAACCGUACCUAUUGUUUUACCUUUCAAAAAAAUUGUCGUAUAUAUUAAACCUUCCAAAAACCU